CAGCCGGCCGCAGAGUGGGGCAGGCGGCUGCGCUGCGCGGGAGCCGGGCCACCGCGGGGCUAACUCUGGGCCCCAAGGAGGAGUGAGACCCCGCGAAGGGCUUCUUCCUGAGGGCGCACGCACCAACCCCCACCCCGUCUCCGCCCGUUUCUGCCGGGUUCCAGACUCGAUCCUUGGAGCGCAGAGGUAGAGGCGCGGGCAGGCCAGCCAGGGCCUGGAGACUCCCUCGCCCUGCCAGGGCGGAGUGGCCCGCUGUGCCCUCUCCAGAGCCGGUGGGAGUGGGCAGCAUGGAGGGGGAGCCCUCCCAGCCUCCUAACAGCAGCUGGCCCCCAAGCCAGAACACGAGUCAAGCCAAGGCCACCCCAGCUGCAAAUCUCACCUUCUCCUCCUACUACCAGCACUCCUCCCCAGUGGCAGCCAUGUUCAUUGUGGCCUACGUGCUCAUCUUCCUCCUCUGCAUCGUGGGCAACGCCCUGGUCUGCUUCAUCGUGCUCAAGAACAGGCACAUGCGCACCGUCACCAACAUGUUCAUCCUCAACCUGGCCGUCAGUGACUUGCUGGUGGGCAUCUUCUGCAUGCCCACUACCCUUGUGGACAACCUCAUCACUGGGUGGCCCUUUGACAACGCCACGUGCAAGAUGAGCGGCUUGGUGCAGGGCAUGUCCGUGUCGGCGUCUGUGUUCACACUGGUGGCCAUUGCUGUGGAAAGGUUCCGCUGCAUCGUGCACCCUUUCCGCGAGAAGCUGACCGUGCGCAAGGCGCUGGUCGCCAUCGCAGUCAUCUGGGCCCUGGCCCUGCUCAUCAUGUGUCCCUCGGCCGUCACGCUGACCGUCACGCGCGAGGAGCACCACUUCAUGGUGGACGCCCGCAACCGCUCCUACCCGCUCUACUCGUGCUGGGAGGCCUGGCCCGAGAAGGGCAUGCGCCGGGUCUACACCACCGUGCUCUUCUCGCACAUCUACCUAGCGCCGCUGGCACUCAUCGUGCUCAUGUACGCGCGCAUCGCCCGCAAGCUCUGCAAGGCCUCGGGGCCUGCGCGGGCUGGCGGGGAAACGGCGCCCCAAGGCCGCCCUGGGGCCCGGCGCAGGGCCAGGGUGGUGCACAUGCUGGUCAUGGUGGCGCUGGUCUUCACGCUGUCCUGGCUGCCACUCUGGGCGCUGCUGCUGCUCAUCGACUACGGCCAGCUCAGCGAGCCGCAGCUGCACCUGGUCACGGUCUACGCCUUCCCCUUCGCACACUGGUUGGCCUUCUUCAAUAGCAGCGCCAACCCCAUCAUCUACGGCUACUUCAACGAGAACUUCCGCCGCGGCUUCCAGGCCGCCUUCCGCGCGCAGUUCUGCCUGCCACAGUGGGCCGGCCCCAAGGAGGCCUACUCCGAGCCCCUGCCCGGGGAGCUCUUGCGCGCCCGGCUCUCUGCGGAGGGGCAGCCCGGCGACUCCGGCCUGCCCUCGGAGUCCGGCCAGAGCAGCCGGGCAGCCCGCUCUGGCCGCCUCCCCCUGCGCGGGGGCCGGGUGGCCCAUCAUGGCUUGGCAGGGGAGGGUCCUGGCUGCGGCCACCUGCCCCUCACCAUACCAGCUUGGGAUAUUUGAGUGGUACUGGGAGGGCUGGCCCUUGAUCCCCGGAGCAGGGGUCCCCCAAGGGGAGGGGGUGGGGUGCCUGGACAGGAUAGCAACGGGGGUAGUGGAGGGAGGCAGUGCCGCAUGCCUCCUUCUCCCCUGCAGGACGGUGGCAGAGGCUAGAGCUAUCUGGUCUACUGCUUUCCACCUCAGAGAGAGGGAAGGAGCCGACUUCCCAGCAAACCCUUCCUCCCAUGUCGGACUCCACACACACCCUCUCGCUGAAUCCUUACAAUGCUUUGGAAGUAGGUCUUCUUUCCCCUUCUACGGAU